AUGUCCAAUGUCACUGUUGUGACCAAGUUCAUCCUUGUUGGGUUCUCUGAUGUCCAGGAGAUUCAGACUUUGUGUGGAGUGCUCUUCCUAGUGAUGUACCUAGCAGCCCUAAUGAAUAAUAUCAUCAUCAUCACUCUCAUCACCCUGGACCUGCAGCUUCAAACACCCAUGUACUUCUUCCUGAAAAAUUUGUCUCUCUUGGAUGUCUUCCUUGUGUCAGUCCCGAUCCCCAAUUUCAUUGUCAAUAGCCUGACUCACAACAGUUCCAUUUCCAUCCUAGGCUGUGCCCUUCAGAUACUUUUAAUGACUUCUUUCUCAGCAGGAGAUGUGUUUGUCCUCACUGCCAUGUCCUAUGACCGAUAUGUAGCCAUCUGCUGUCCCCUGCGCUAUGAGGCCAUCAUGAGUGAUGGUGCCUGUGUGCUGAUGGCAGGCUUUUCCUGGGCCACUGGUAUAUUCUUUGGAGCUAUAUACACAGCUGGCACAUUUUCCAUGCCUUUCUGUGGCUCCAACGUGAUCCCACAGUUUUUCUGUGACAUUCCUUCAUUGCUAAGGAUUUCUUGCUCUGACACACUGGUGGUCAUUUACAUAAGCUUUGGAAUUGGCAUGUGUCUAGGCAUGUCAUGCAUCAUCUGUGUUGUGAUUUCUUACUUUUACAUUUUCUCGACUGUGCUGAAGAUUCCUACCACUAAAGGUCAGUCCAAAGCCUUUGUCACUUGUCUUCCCCACUUCAUCGUUUUUACUCUUUUUGGUGUAACUGCUUGUUUUGUUUAUAUGAAGCCAUCAUCUAAUUCUACAACAAUCAUAGACAGGCUGUUUGCUGUGAUAUAUAUUGUGUUGCCUCCAGCCCUUAAUCCUGUGAUCUACAGCCUGAGGAAUGCUGAUGUCAAAUGGGCUUUAAAGAGGUUGCUACAUAAUAUUUGUUCAAGGCUCUCAUUUCAUGUAAAACAUUUUUAA